AUGAGCCAAGCCAAGAGAACCUCCGCCGGCGCUGCCGUAGCAGCAGCAGGGAAGGGUGCGCGUGGCGGGCGUUUUCGUCUGAGGCGGAAGAACAAGAGAGCAACUGAUUUAAAGCGUCAAGCUCUUGGAAAGACCUCAUGUAAACUGCGAAAGAGCAUUACUCCUGGUACGGUAUUGAUCUUGCUGAGCAGCGGCUACAGAGGGAAGCGUGUGGUGUGCUUGAAGCAGCUGGAGCCUUCAGGCCUUCUCCUCGUUACUGGGCCCUUCACUGUUAAUGGGGUUCCCCUCCGCCGCGUUAACCCGCGCUAUGUGAUCGCCACCAGCACAAAGAUCGACGUCUCUGGUGUUAACUUGAACGGCAUCACUGAUAGCCUCUUCACCCGCACUGCCAAAGAGAAGAGAGAGGAGAGGAAGAUGCGCACAAAGGACGACACUUCGAUGUUCGUUCAACAAGACACUGCAACGCAGAAGACACUCCCCGAGGAGAGAAAGAAACUUCAGGAACAAGUUGAUAAAGCACUGCUUGCUGUUGUCAACAAGGAUGCACUCCUGAAGCAGUACCUUAAAACACGUUUCACCCUGCGCUCGAACAUGGCUCCCCACGCCAUGAAAUUCUAA